UUCAGUCACUACUCGGCUUUACCACGCUACGGCCAACAAGCCAGCAAGCCAGCAGCAGUCAGCACUCAGCAUUCACUGGGGACACAGCGCGACCACCGCCAUCACCACUGCAUUGAGUCUAGCCUGUGGCAGUUUAUCGCAUUGCUCGUCACUCGCCGCAAACAUGCAGCCAGUCUUUAUUUACCUUAUCGGUGUGGUUUCCUACGUGGCGGCCUUCAGCGACAACACUCUGUCAGUUAGAGAUGGCGGAGUGAACUGCUCUGCGCCUAAGGACUGGGGGACUUGCGAGGGACAGGAGGAGGCUUGGCACUUUAACGAGGAGGAGGGCAGAUGCAGGUUCUUCGUGUACUCUGGUUGUGGUGGGAACUCCAACAGGUUCUCCACCAGGCAGGAGUGUGAAAAGGCCUGCGAGGGGAACUACUGCCAGGACUUUGACUGCCCCACCUCCUGCAGCACCACCACGGACGCCGACGGGUGUGAGGUCUGCGUCUGCACUGAAGAGCAAGCAGCAGCAGUGUGCAGUCAGCCCAUGGCGCGCGGCUACUGCCGGGCUCUGUACUUCAAAUGGGCUUGGUCCCAGGAGUCUGGCUCCUGCGAGUCAUUCGUGUACGGAGGCUGCGGGGGGAACGAUAACAGUUUUGAGUCCGAGGAGAAUUGUUUGAGUGUGUGCGGCGCGACGCGCUUCUAGACGGCAACCCCCUCGCAGGAUUCCCGGUGGACAACGCCCCAAUCUUUCCCUGAAACUUUCCAACGGAUGAAGUGAAAAAGGCCCAAGCUUCACAACCUGAAGCUGGUACUUAGUAUUUCUUAAAAGUUAAGAUCUCAUUCCAUGUAAUUUAUCACAAUCAUGUUGACGCGACGAUCCUCUCCUGGCCAUGAGCAGACUGAUCAGCACACACCCAGGAGCCGGGGACAGCACACUUGUUGCCUCAUGUCACGCGAGGCGGCAGAAAAGCACAGCGGGUAUUAGAUGCGUCAUGACAUACCUUGCACACGUGAAGACGCCACACAGCGCCGCGCACCAGACGAGCUGGAGGUGUGCUGGAGGGCGUGCUGCAGGGUGGACGCAAAGACACGUGAGAAGGGAAUAACACGUGUGUGGCGCGUAGAGGGGUGGGGCAGGUGUAGCGCUGUGUAGGUGUUGUGGGGCGCUGGUGUGAUUCACUGUGCUGUUCUUGAAAGCUUCUGUGUUCAUGAUCAGGGUAUUAGAGUGAUGUGCUCUCUCAUCUUGAUAUAACGUCUCUCUCUCUCUCUCUCUCUCUCUCUCUCUCUCUCUCUCUCUCUCUCUCUCUCUCUCUCUCUCUCUCUCUCUCUCUCUCUCUCCUGUUUUUCUUUUUUUCUAUCUACUACUACUACUACUACUACUACUACUACUGCUACUACUACUACUACUACUACUACUACUACUACUACUACCGUUAUUAUUAUUAUUAUUAUUAUUAUUAUCACCAUUAUUAUCAUUAUUACUAUUACUGUUAUCGUUGAAAGUAUUAUUAGUAUAUUAUUGUUGAUAGUUGGUGCCUAAUGUUGUUUGGAAAAAAAAAGGUUUAUACUGUUUACUUUCCUCAACUUGUUACCACGCCGUUGUCCUCUGAUAGUCAUUUGAUGUGAUAUUGUGGUUCAUGUUACCAACGUACGUACAUACACUCGUAGGUCAUAAGGGAAUAAUACACAUAAAGCGCUUAUCGUCUUAAUGUUAAGUAUUACACUUGUAUUUUCCCCGCUAUGAUUAACUCACAAAUAUAAUAAAUAGUUCCAUUCUGUAACAUAUUGUAUGCA